AGCCAAAGCCUGUCCAUAAACUCCAGCCUCUUCCUCCCUCCAUCUGGCAGUGCAUGCAGAAGAGAGAGGAGGGCGAGAGAGAGAGAGAGAGAGAGGACCAGUGUGUGUGUGUGUGUGUAUCCACAGGGUUUCGAAUCACAGGCAGAUCCAGCGUCACUCUCUCAGACAGAGUCUGUCGUCACGGGCGACAGAAGGUAUCUCCUCCACAUCAGCAUCACUGUAGAGACGGAACGCGAGGCGGCAUCAGCAUCCAGUGGUCGUCGCAGCAACAAGAGCAUCCGAGGACUUCCAGGACUGUAAAAGGCAAGGCUGCCUGCUUACGCCAGGGGCUCGGAGAAGAAAACCGGGGCCAAUCGCCUCUCUUGCACCUCGUUCUGCUUCACUUUGUCACUGAAGGACAGCUGUGGGCGAGCGUGGAUGAACAGACAGGGAUAGGGAUAAAAGAGUAGAAUCAGUGGAUUUGUGUGUGGGGGAAAGUGAGGGGAAUAGAGAGAGAAGCGUUUAUAUAUGAGUGUGUGACAGUGAGUUAGUGUGUUUUUGUAUGAUGGUGAUGACAUACGGUGCUACUGAACAGACAGGAUGAUCCGAGCUCACUUGAGCCGUAAGCUCUUUUGGGAAGAGAGGAAAAGAAAACCAGCACACUGUUUCUACUACUGACAAGGGGAGAGGUGAGCGAGAGAGAUAGAGACAGAGACAGAGAGAGAGAGAGAGCACUUUGUGUUAUAAAGUCUUCUAUAUUCCCACAGAGGAUGGUGCUAUUAAAUUUGGUGUCGUGUGAAAUGUUCUAGUGCCUCAAAUUGACAGCAACGAUUUGGAGGGUCAAGUUCUGCUCUUUAAUUUUCUUCCCGGAGCAAAAGACGUGGAAUUUACCUCCUCUUGUGACUUUUGGAGAAUGCACAGCUAUUAUAAAGGGACGUGGUAGCUGCUGGAUUUCACACAUCUUCAAGGGAACUAGAUUGAGGUCAGAAAAUGGAAAGAAAUGACCAGCAGGAAACCAUCGACGAAAGGUUCAGAAAUUUAGGAUGUGCCAUUUAAGCUGACUUAAUUCCCAGGAAAGCACUGAUCACAACACUUAUUAUCCCUUUCAGAGAAGAGUAAAGUUGGAAUAUUUGGACACAUUUAGUGCUGACUUUUAAAAUUAAAAAUAUAAUAAGAAACUUUAGAAAAGAGGCACAUCUGUGUCCAUUUCUUCUGCAAAUAUUUUAUUCAAAUCCUGAAAGUAAUGCAAUGCUGGAAGUUUUCUUUUCCCACCUGGAUUGGAUUUAAUGAGUUCAAAAUGGACCUUCUCACAGUAUAAGGAUCUGUCUCUCUAUUCCACCAUGCACAAAUGAAUACAAUCCUUUUUAUCAUGUACACAUUUCUGCUUCAUAGACAACAGCUUUCAGUCCCAAAUUAGGACCCUAAACACAUGGUGCUCACACGCACAAUGAAAUGAACCACAGAUCUACUGCAACCUGGAGUUUAAUGUGUGUUUCUUGGAUCUAACCGUCCUUCAAUGAAUCCAGCACCUUCCCUAUCAACCACAUCUCUCCCCGGAUCCCCGACAUGCUCGGCGGUACACAGCAAGAGGAGGCUUGACCCCAGACCCAGCGAGGUCUCUCGGCUGCCCAGGCAUUUUUAAGAUGUUGAACCCUCCCUGCGUGGCCCGAGCCCCAGAUCGGAUCAGUAGCACUGCGGCUCCCGGUGGCCCCAGACAUGGAUCGUGGCUCGGUUUGCCCCUGCCCUCAGCGCUCCGCAACUCGGCCAGUGAGCAGCCUGUGAAGGAUGUCCCAGAGCGGAGCUCCGGCCCGGGAACCCUCUGAGACCCCCAGUCAGAGAGAACAGAUCCGCAGUCACAUGAAGAUGGUGAUCGAGCAGUUGGAAGGGAUCCUCAAAGAGCUGAAAGAUGUGGCUCAUGAACUGCGGGAGGUGGUGGGUCAGAUUGACAAACUCACAUCGGAUCUUGACUUCGAUCUGGAUCCAGAUGAUUGGACGGUUGCGACAGCGAGCAGCACUUCCAGUAGCGAGCGAGGUCUGGGUGAAGCCUUCAGGUUGGACUUCCUCAGCCAGGACAUGCUCUCUGACGGCUGGGACUUCUGCAACUUUUUGGAGGUCUCUAACUCUUCAAAUCGGAAAGCACACAGGGACGAGGUGGACGAGGAGCAAGAGAGGUCGUCGUCAGGCAUGCCUACGCAUGCCACCGCCAGCGUCUACUCGCAAAUGAACGGGGGUCUUCCCAUCCCUAAUGGACCUUUAAUCAUCACCCCUGACUCCUCCAGCGAAGAAGCAUCCAGUUCAACGUACAGUCAAAAAACUUCCCGCACCUCGGGGACGAGAGAGAGGGUCCGUUUCAGUGACAAAAUCCUCUACCACGCCUUGUGCUGUGACGAUGAUGAAGAUGAGGAAGAUGACGUCAGAGAGGAAAUAGAUAAAGGGGACUGCGGGAUCCCGGACACGGACAGUGAACCCAGCCCUUUGGCUUGUUCACCCACGCCCCCUUUGUCCUCCUCUGAUCACCCGCCUGGCCUUUAUAACUGUCGGGAAACGGCAUCCGCUGGCCCCUCGCCUGUAAAGGUGGCAGUUGUGGGGUCUCACACACUACCCAGGAAAGGUCUUCUUAACCCAGGUUGCCGGAAAAAACUGCUGCGAAACAGCAGCACGCAAACAGUAUCGGAUAAAAGCACUCAGACUGUAUUGCCCUACAUCCCCGCCAAACAGAAAACCAAGGACCUCUGAGAUAUCGCCCAACUUUGCAUAUAAAAAAGAAUAAAAGAACUAAGAAAAUAUUACAAAAGAACUCUAUACUAUUUAAUAUGGAAUACAUAGAUAAUAGAUGAAAAACAAAAAAACAAUUACUAAAUAAAUUAUAUAUGGGAAAAUUUCAA